AUGACAGAGCAAAUACAGCACACUGUAGUGACCCCCCCUACGCCGACAAAGCCGGCAAUGUCAAAUGAUGGAGUUGAAGAUGACAUCACACCGAUAUCACUUCUUCCGCUUCUCCGCAAGAAAGGCUACAAAUUCUCAUCCUAUGCCCGAGAAGACCAUGGGAAUGCUCUAUACUGUGUAACAUUUUGCGAUGUUCUACCUAUCUAUGAGCGCAUGUUUGCGGUGGCUGGCGGCAACCGAUUAACAGUAUACGAAUGUCUGGAUAAUGGUGGACUAGAUGUGAUUCAGGUGUAUUGCGACGGUGAUCAGGAGGAGCAGUACUUUACGGCAGCGUGGACAGUGGACGUGCUCACAGGAUCGCCGCUGCUGGCAGCUGCGGGAAACCGCGGACAUAUCAAAGUGAUUAAUUGCAUUACGCAGUCGGUGCUGAUAGUGUUGUCUGGACACGGCAAUUCAGUGAACGAGCUCAAGUUUCAUCCAGUAGACCCAAGCUUGCUAUUUUCGGCUAGCAAGGACGAAUCAAUUCGUUUGUGGAACUCACUUACGGGUGUUUGUGUCGCAAUUUUUGCUGGUCAUGUGGGUCAUCGUGACGACGUAUUAAGUCUAGAUAUUCACCUGAAAGGCUCAUGCUUUGUAUCGUCUGGCAUGGACAAUACUGUCAAAAUUUGGGAUUUGGAGGAUGAAGUCGUCCAGACAGCAAUCAAGAAGUCAUACACGGAGCCUCGACCAAAGGAUCGUCCAUUUGACACCAAAUUUAUUCAAUUUCCAGCUUUUUGUACCAGUAAGGUGCAUGCGGACUACGUCGACUGCGUGCGUAUGGUGGGCGACUUGAUUUUGUCCAAAUCCACCGGCAAUAAAGUAAUUUUUUGGAAGCCAAACCCGUCGCGAGGUAAGGACGCUGUUACUGUACUGCGCGAGUAUCACUACAAGGACGCAGACUUGUGGUUUAUGAAAUUUGGACUUGACUCGCUGCUUGAGGUGAUGGCUGUGGGCAACAAGAAAGGAGUUGUGAGCGUUUUUGACCUGGACGCUGAGCAGGAGCGGGCGGUAUGCAAGCUCACUCAUAAUAGCUGCAAAAGCACGGUGCGUCAAGUGUGUUUUAGCAAGACUGGACGGACGAUUAUCACUUGCUCAGACGACGCGACGGUCUGGCGCUGGGAUCUGUUCUAA